CCGCAGUCUCCCUCCGAGUCUAGCGUCCGCCUCGAGGGCCCCACCGCCAGCGUCGUCGUCCAUGAUUCUCGCCCCCUUGGCCAUGUUGGCUCUGCCCUCAGCCUCCCCCACGAUAAUGCAGAGGCCAACAUGGCCGACGACGAGCACCACACAGACGACAUCGUAGAGCACCUCGACGUCGUCGAUCCCCAAGUCGCCACCGUCUCCACCCUCGCAAACACUGCCAAUGCCAUCCUCAUUCCCCCUCUGUCCUUCUACUCCCGCAAGCCCGUUCUCGUCUUGCCCGAGCGUCCUCAAGAUGCAGAGGCCGCAUCUGCAGCGGGGUCCGACGACGAACUCGACCGCCACGUCGAGGACGUCCUCACCCGCCGCGCCCGCUUCCGCCGCAUUCUCCAGGGUGUCUGGGCCUUUCUCAAGACCCCGAUCGGUGUCAUCGCCGGCAUCUACGGUUUCCUCGUUGUCUUUUGGGGCGCUGCAAUCGUGAUAUUCUUGCUCAAGAUUAUCAACCUACAUAAUGCGAAUACCCAAGGAUUCUGGGUGGAGGUCUCCUCCCAGAUAGAGUGCGGGCUGUUCUGCGUCACCGGCCUGGGCCUCAUACCGUGGCGCGUGACAGACACAUACCGUGUUUACAAAAUAUGGCGCUACAAGCGCCGCACCCGCCUCCUGCGCAAGCAGCACGGCCUCCCGGAGCUCUUCGACCCGGACGAUCUGCCCGAUCCGAUCUACGACCCCAACUACGUCCACGUCCUCACCGAGGAGGAGCAGGCCGACCUGCACUAUCAGCAGCAGAAGUUCAUGAAGUCGCAAACGUGGUACCGCCCGCACGGCACGGAGACGCAUCGCGCGUUCCCUAUAAACAAGGCGCUGCUGAUCUGCUGCCUCAACGACGGCAACUCCAUAUUCCAGAUCUGCCUCUGCGGCGUCCAAUGGGGCCUCAACCGGUUCGAGCGGCCCGCGUGGACGACGGGGAUCCUCAUCCCGCUCAGCUUCCUCUGCGGCAUCUUCUCCGGCGUGUUCAUCUGGCGCGGCGGGCAGCAGACGAAGCGCACCGCGCGCGUCGAGAGCUGCCUGCGCGCCGCGCUCGCGAUGGAC